GGGGUUAAAUUGCAAAUUAUGUUCAAGAAUUUUAGCGGGUAACUUCUGAGAAAGAAAAGCAGCUCCAACUGCCACUAAACGAAUGCGUUAACCCCUAAAUUCAAUCGGAAAACCAGCAAAAUCUCCAGAUUUUCUUCAUCUCAACUCUUGCAACUUCUGGAGAAAGUAGAGAUGCUGGAUAAAAGUAGUUUUGAUGUGAAGUUUGAUCUUUGGGCGCUCAGAGUCCCUCGUGAAAUCUGCAAAACCGCCACUCGGCUACUUGAUGGAUACUUGCUGGAUAGGCCUCGUGUGAAGCCGGUAGCUGAAGAUCCAACAACCCAAAAAAAUCGUUACAUGAUAUUGUCCGAGAAAAUACAGAGUAAAGAUUUGUCUGAUAUCCCCGAGCAGAAACUUGAUGAACUCCGGAAGCUUUGUGAGAUAGAAGUAGUUCCUUAUUCAUUGACCCUUGGCUAUUCCUACUGGGGUGCAGAUCAUAUAUUGAAGCAGAUUCUACCUGCAGGACUUGAGGUGCCAUCAUCAUUUGAGACUAUAGGUCAUAUUGCACAUCUAAAUAUCACUGAUGAACUACUUCCAUACAAGGAUGUUAUCGCAGAGGUCAUCUAUGAUAAAAAUUACCCUAGAAUCAAAACUGUGGUCAAUAAAGUUGGCACAAUUACAAAUGAGUUUCGAGUUCCAAAGUUUGAAAUCCUUGCUGGUGACAAUGAUAUGGUUACAGAGGUGAAGCAAUAUAAGGCGAAAUUCAAGCUUGAUUACAGCUUGGUCUAUUGGAACUCAAGAUUAGAACAUGAACAUAUGAGACUAGUCUCUCUGUUCCAAGCUGGAGAGACCAUUUGUGAUAUGUUUGCCGGUAUUGGCCCAUUUGCUAUCCCAGCAGCACAAAAGGGGUGCUUGAUUUAUGCAAAUGAUUUAAAUCCAGAUAGUAUCCGGUUCUUGAAAAUAAAUGCAGAAAUCAACAAGGUCAAUGAUUGCAUCUUCACAUACUAUAUGGAUGCGAGAAAAUUCAUGUCUCAAUUAAUGACUGUUCUUCCAAAUGCUUCUGAUGAUUGCAGCAGAGAGUCUAAAAGUGAAGCAGAAAGUAGGAAUAUAGAGGGAGGCAGUAGUGAGAAGAUUGAUCCACUAGUCAGUCCUGCCAAAAGGUCUGCAGAAUGUUGUCAAAAAGAAACUCCUGGUUCUCUCAGCACAAAACGUGGUACUAAUAAGAGGAUGAGCGGUCCUGUACCCUCUGUGAAGCCAUGGGAGCAUGUUGACCACGUGGUCAUGAAUUUACCCGCUUCUGCUUUGGAGUUCCUAGACGCGUUUAAAGGUCUAAUAUGCCGGAAAUAUUGGAAGGGACUUCUACCUUGGAUUCACUGUUACUGCUUCAUCCGGUCAAGUGAAACUGAAGAAUUUAUAAUUUCAGUGGCUGAGUCUAGGUUAAAUGCUAAGAUACAUGAUCCUGUGUUCCACAGGGUUAGAGAUGUUGCACCAAACAAGGCUAUGUUUUGCUUAAGCUUCAGACUCCCCGAGGAAGCAUGCCUUGAUGAAGAAGCUAUUGUAUCCUGAACUCGGUUCAACAUGGUCUUAUUUAUCUAUGUAUCCUUGGAAUUUUUGUGUUAACAGAAUUAGGUGUAAGAGAGUUUUUAUCUUGGUUAAUCCAGGUUUUUUUGCCUUUUGAAGAUCUUUACCAACACUCAUUUAGGAGUUGUUUUUGACACAUAGAUAGCAAAUAUUAUUGUUAAAUUUUAGUCAUGCUUAACGAUAUCAUA